UCAUUUCUUUCACUUUUUCUCUUUAUUUUCUUUCUUUCACAAUUUUCCCUCAAAUUUUUGAGGAAUCAAACAUGGCCUAAGAAACAAAGGGCAUAUUGUGGACCCGCAAAUGAUGUGGGUUUGGGACAAAUUUGGGGACCUACAAAUACGUUUGUGUUAAAUAUUUAGAUGUCAUAAAUAAAAAUGUACCCUCAAAUGAAAUUACUGUGGAGAUAUGAAUACAAACAUGCUUCUAAGUUAUUUCAAUUAGACAUUUUCAGCUGUGUGCACAGUUGGAUAUCCGCCAAAACAUGAUUUGAGAAUUUAUUCUUUUCUAUUCAAGGCAACAUAAUGUGGUGGCAUACAUAAGCAUUUUGAAACUAAAAAUAAGAACUCUGCUAUCCCUAUACUACCAAAAUUGAGAGAUUCAUUUGAUCAUUAUUUGAGUUCACUAUCAUAUCCUACAUUCAUCAAUUAUUUUCCCAUUUCAUUUCUAGUUGUCCUUUUUUAUUUUAACUACCAACUUUGACCAAUCUUCUAUAUUAGUUGACGUAGAAACCAAGAUUAAUAAAGAUAACGGUGCCUUCAUACUUUACACAACAUAUAGCUUAUGGUUUAUUUAUUGGAUCAAGAUUUCUACCACCAAAAUAUAUGCAUAUAUUUAAUUUUACGUGAUAAUUAAGGUUGAGAUAUGAGAAAAUCUAAAAUAUCACCCAUUCAAAGAAAAAAUCUAGCCUUGGAUUAUGUACACCUUUUGGGAAUCCUCCUCACAUGUAUUCACCUUUCUCUUCAUAGCUGGAGAUGGUAGGUGAGAGGAAAAUGUUGGUUCUCCACCAUCUAUAUAACCCUCUCUGCAAGUUUAUAGAUAGUCAUCAAAUUUGAAGGGUUCUUUUUUGUAGGUAUCGACAUUGUGAUUUCUAUACUUACAUGUCCUUUUUAGUUUCUAAACAAUUUUUUUUUUUUUUUUCUUUCUUUGUAAGAUUAUCAGGUUCCAAGGACAAUCAAUCUGGAGUAAGAUGAAGCUACUCAAUGGGAUCAAUAGCAAUAAGAAAUCAUGUCAACAAGGAAUCUCAUCUCUAGGAAAUGGUGAUUUGAUUUCGGAUGAAAAGCUUACUGCUCUUGUGGUAGAUAGCGAUAUAAUUUGUCAAGUAUUGGAAAAAGCAAUUUUAGAAUCUCAAGGCAUUCAAGCCCAGGUUGUGGGGAGUGGGAGAGAUGCUAUAGAUCUCUUAGCCUCUGGGGUGAACUUUGAUCUCAUUAUCAUAGCUAUGGUGCUCCCGAUCAUGAACGGGGUUGAGACCACUAGGCAAAUUCGAGCAAUGGGCAUUCGUAGCAAAAUGUUGGGCGUUACUGCUUGCUCAUAUGAAAGGGAGAGACGAGCGUUUUUGGAUGCUGGUGUGGAUGAGUUUAUUGAGAAGCCGCUUACUCCUCAAAAGUUGGCAUCUGUUUUGAGAGAGAUCAGAAAUGCUUGAAAGAAAGGUGGACCCAAUAGAAGACCCGAUUAAGUUCUGCUAAGUCAUGUCUUGCUGUCUAUUUUUCUCUCUCUUCUAUUUUUUUCUCCCUGAAGUUGAUGUACUAUUGUCACUAGACAAACAAAGAAUAUUUAUAGUGACAAUUGUAAUAAUAAUAAUAUUAGAAAAUUGGGUCCUCUAACUUUAAUGAGAAAGUGUUAGUGGUUAGUUUGUUUGAA